UGAUCAUUUUAAUUUAUAACCAGUUUUUUACAUAAUUUUACUUUACAAAAUCAACUUCUAAAAUUCAACAACACCGACGUGCGUAGUGUGAACUGAUAUUGUUUUUAAUCAACGAGUAAAUAGAAAUCAUGGAACUUGCGGCUUACUUGCCAAGCAAAAACAUGACUAUUUUCAUCUGUGGACUUGCAGUUGCAGCAAAGACUGUUUCGUUCAUUUAUAAAAAAUAUACAGAACCUGGUAUCAUUAUGGAUACUAUGUUUUUCAGUGAUGACUCUAGCAAGUGCAGGAACCAUAGUAAUAAUCCAUGUGAACUGCCAGAUUGCCCGAUUAGAAAUAUCAAAAAAGUGUUGACAUACAUAGAAUCAGCUAAAGAAUCGUUAGAUGUUUGUAUGAACUUUUGGACUUACCAUCCCUUAGCUAAGGCAGCAGUUCAUUUGAAUGAACGUAAUGUUCAAGUUAGAGUUAUCACGGAUUCUGAAUCCAAUAAAAAUAUUCACUGUCAAAUCAACUUUCUGGAAAAAGAAGGUAUUCCAGUGAGACGGAUAGAUAUUUCAGAUAAUAUGCAUCAUAAAUUUGCGAUCAUUGAUAAAAAGUUAGUACUUACCGGUAGUGCUAAUUGGACGUCACAAGCAUUUUUCAAUAAUUAUGAAAAUAUACUUGUAAUAAACAAACCUGACGUUUUAAAAAGUUACAGCAAAGAGUUUGAGAGACUGUGGGCAUUAGACUGAAGUAACUUAAGAU